AGACGGUACCCGGAGCGGAGCGAGCCAGAAGGGAGCAUGGUCCCCGCGCCGCGGCCGCGCCAGCCCCCGCGCCGCCGUCCCCGCCACCGCGGAUCCAGCCGCAGCUCCAGCCCCGGCCCCGGCCCCGCAGCGGCCGCCCGCUAGCCCCGGUGGUCGCCGUGCCUGAGUGCAGCGCCUCCUCCCUCACCCCCGCUGCCCGGAGCCCGGAGCCCGGAGCCAGCCCCAGCCCCGCGGCCGCCGCGGCUGCGGGAGAGGGCGGGGGCGAUGCUGCCGGAGCCGCCGCCGCCGCCGCCGCCUCGAUGAGAGCCGCGCCGCACCGCGCAUAGCCGCACCGGCUAACAGGCAGCAGAACCGGCUUGCCUCUCCGGGCAUCCUCCCUGGGCUGCCGGGAGGCGGCGGCGGCCGAGGAGGAGAGGGGGGAGAAAGCCGAGAGCAGGAACGCGAGGAGCUGGACCUGGAUCCGUUUUUCCCGGCCAGGACCCGAGCGGCCCCAGCUACCGCUGCCCGCCGGCGCCGUGUCCUCUCCAUCAGCCCUCCUGCGCCCACCUGCGACCCCGGGCUCCCUGCGCGACGGGCCGGGGCCGGAACGGCGCGACCAGAGGCUGUCUGGCUUCCUGGGGAUGCUCGCGCUUGGCUGAGCAGCGUUGGUCAUCGAGGUGUGUGCAUCCUGGGCACCAAUCCUGAGCUUGCCAGAGACGGGCUACGCAAGGUUCGGGCUCUGUUCCCCUGUGAGAAGCCGCCGCGGCCCACCGAGAUGUCCCGGCACCACAGUCGCUUCGAGAGAGAGUACCGCGUGGGCUGGGACCGCCGUGAGUGGAGCGUCAAUGGCACGCAUGGGACCACCAGCAUCUGCAGUGUCACCGCGGGGGCCGGGGGCGGCUCAGCAAGCAGCCUCAGCGCCCGGCCUGGCCUCCUCCCGCUGCCCGUGGUGCCCUCCCGGCUGCCCACACCCGCCACGGCCCCGGCGGCCUGCACCACAGGCAGCACCGAGGCCAUCACCAGUCUCGUGGCCAGCUCCGCCUCGGCAGUCACCACCAAGGCUCCUGGCAUCUCCAAAGCGGACAGUCAAACCCAGGGCCUGGCGACCAGCAUCCGGUGGGGCCAGACACCCAUCAAUCAGUCCACACCCUGGGACACCGACGAGCCACCCUCCAAACAGAUGAGGGAGAGCGACAAUCCAGGCACUGGACCAUGGGUGACCACGAUGGCCGCUGGGAGCCAGCCUGCCCUGAUCGCACACUCCUAUGGAGUGGCUCAGCCUCCCACCUUCAGUCCGGCCGUGAACGUCCAAGCCCCAGUCAUCGGGGUGACCCCCUCACUGCCUCCCCACGUGGGGCCGCAGCUCCCGCUGAUGCCAGGCCACUACUCACUCCCGCAGCCACCCUCCCAGCCACUGAGCAGUGUGGUGGUCAACAUGCCUGCCCAGGCCCUGUAUGCCAGCCCUCAGCCCCUGGCCGUGUCUACACUUCCCGGCGUGGGGCAACUAGCACGCCCAGGACCCACUGCAGUGGGCAAUGGCCACAUGGCAGGGCCCCUCCUGCCGCCGCCACCACCACCAGCCCAGCCAUCCGCCACCCUUCCCAGCGGUGCCCCCGCCACCAAUGGACCCCCCACGACCGACUCUGCCCAUGGGCUGCAGAUGUUGCGCACCAUCGGCGUGGGGAAGUAUGAAUUCACCGACCCAGGGCACCCCAAAGAAAUGUUGAAGGAAUUGAACCAGCAGCGCAGAGCGAAAGCAUUUACAGACCUGAAAAUUGUUGUUGAAGGCAGAGAGUUUGAAGUCCACCAAAAUGUUCUAGCUUCCUGCAGCUUGUAUUUCAAGGACCUGAUUCAAAGGUCCGUGCAAGAUGGCAGCCAGGGCGGCCGGGAGAAGCUGGAGCUCGUCCUGUCCGACCUGCAGGCCAAUGUGCUGGAGCUGCUGUUAGAGUUCGUCUACACCGGCUCCCUGGUCAUCGACUCUGCCAACGCCAAGACGCUGCUGGAAGCCGCCAGCAAGUUCCAAUUUCACACCUUCUGCAAAGUCUGCGUGUCCUUUCUCGAGAAGCAGCUGACCGCCAGCAACUGCCUGGGCGUGCUGGCCAUGGCCGAGGCCAUGCAGUGCAGUGAGCUCUACCACAUGGCCAAGGCCUUCGCACUGCAGAUCUUCCCUGAGGUAGCAGCCCAGGAGGAGAUCCUGAGCAUCUCCAAGGACGACUUCAUCGCUUACGUCUCCAACGACAGCCUCAACACCAAGGCCGAAGAGCUGGUGUAUGAGACGGUCAUCAAGUGGAUCAAGAAGGACCCUGCCUCGCGUGCACAGUAUGCCGCAGAGCUGCUGGCCGCCGUGCGCCUGCCCUUCAUCCACCCCAGCUACCUGCUGAAUGUGGUGGACAACGAGGAGCUCAUCAAGUCAUCAGAAGCGUGUCGGGACCUGGUCAACGAGGCCAAGCGCUACCACAUGCUGCCCCACGCCCGCCAGGAGAUGCAGACGCCGAGGACCCGGCCCCGCCUCUCGGCAGGUGUGGCCGAGGUCAUCGUGUUGGUUGGGGGCCGUCAGAUGGUGGGGAUGACCCAGCGCUCGCUGGUGGCCGUCACCUGCUGGAACCCACAGAACAACAAGUGGUACCCCUUGGCCUCGUUGCCCUUCUAUGACCGUGAGUUCUUCAGCGUCGUGAGUGCGGGGGACAACAUCUACCUCUCAGGUGGGAUGGAGUCGGGCGUGACGCUGGCUGACGUCUGGUGCUACAUGUCCCUGCUCGACAACUGGAACCUCGUCUCCAGGAUGACGGUCCCCCGCUGCCGGCACAACAGCCUCGUCUUUGACGGCAAGAUCUACACCCUCGGGGGCCUUGGCGUGGCGGGCAACGUGGACCACGUGGAGAGGUAUGACACCAUCACCAACCAGUGGGAGGCCGUGGCCCCCCUGCCCAAGGCGGUGCACUCGGCAGCAGCCACCGUGUGCGGCGGCAAGAUCUACGUGUUCGGCGGCGUGAAUGAGGCGGGCCGGGCCGCGGGCGUCCUCCAGUCCUAUGUCCCACAGACCAACACGUGGAGCUUCAUCGAGUCCCCGAUGAUCGAUAAUAAGUACGCGCCAGCGGUCACCCUCAAUGGCUUCGUGUUCAUCCUGGGCGGGGCUUACGCCAGAGCCACCACUAUCUAUGACCCAGAGAAGGGAAACAUUAAGGCAGGCCCAAACAUGAACCACUCUCGUCAGUUCUGCAGCGCUGUGGUGCUUGAUGGCAAGAUUUACGCCACCGGCGGCAUUGUGAGCAGCGAGGGCCCCGCCCUGGGCAACAUGGAAGCCUAUGAGCCUGCCACCAACUCGUGGACACUCCUGCCCCACAUGCCCUGCCCCGUGUUCAGACACGGCUGCGUCGUGAUCAAGAAGUACAUUCAGAGCGGCUGACCCCUGGCCAGAAGUCCACGAUGAGACUGUGAGGCCAACACGACCCACGAGCGUCCUUUUUCAGCAACACCCACGAGAGGCCGGCCAGAGCCAAUCCAGGAACUCUGCACUAGACAUUAAGAGUACUGUCUGCGUUGAAUGUAGGAGGUCGGGGCCAGGGCGCUCCCAGUAGCGGGCACCGCCAUCCGGCUCUGCCCGGCUCAG